UCGUUUCUUUAAAAACAAAAGACAGUUGAGAUGUUGUCUUCGGACAAGAACACGUCAGUUUCUAAUGCUGUUCUAUUAUCAAUCACCACCAUAAACAUUGCUUAAAGUUAUGGGAACAAGAAAGAAUAAAUUUGGAGAAUGCAACAACAAGUAGGUGAAAGCCCAUCUUCAGACCAAAAAAAAAACUCACAAAUAAUCUGUGAAAAGCUUUUGUUUAAAUCCAUAAACACAUCAAUUUCAAAUUCCUGAAGAAGAAUAAACUGAGGUUAAACACUGUACCUGGAAUCAAUAUCCUUAGAUCUUUCUUCAAAAGAUGAGGCUCUUCUUCAGCUUCUGCUUCUUCUUCUUCAUGAUCAUCUUUAGCGCAACUGCUUAUGAUCCAUUAGAUCCUAGUGGUAACAUUACAAUCAAAUGGGAUAUCAUGUCCUGGACAGCAGAUGGCUAUGUGGCUACCGUAACUAUGAACAACUUCCAAAUGUACCGGCACAUUCAAAAUCCAGGUUGGACAUUAGGUUGGACAUGGGCAAAGAAAGAGGUGAUUUGGUCAAUGGUUGGUGCACAAACAACAGAACAAGGAGAUUGUUCCAAGUUCAAGGGAAAUGUACCUCACUGCUGUAAGAAAACCCCGACGGUUGUUGAUCUCUUGCCAGGUGUGCCUUAUAAUCAACAGUUCUCAAACUGUUGCAAAGGCGGGGUAAUUGGAGCUUGGGGUCAAGAUCCAUCAGCCGCAGUAUCCCAGUUUCAGGUUAGUGCUGGUUUGGCUGGAACUACAAACAAGACUGUCAAGCUUCCUAAGAACUUCACUUUGCUUGGUCCCGGGCCUGGUUACACUUGCGGUCCAGCCAAAAUCGUGCCCUCUACCGUUUUUCUCACAACUGAUAAACGGCGAAAAACACAAGCUUUAAUGACAUGGAAUGUUACCUGCACAUACUCACAGUUUCUAGCCAGAAAGCAUCCAAGCUGUUGUGUCUCCUUUUCUUCUUUCUACAACGACACCAUAACUCCUUGCCCGUCUUGUGCCUGUGGCUGCGAGAACAAAAAGGGCUGCGUCAAGGCUGAUUCUAAGAUUCUAACCAUGAAAGGUCUCAACACACCGAAGAAAGACAACACUCCAUUGCUGCAAUGCACACAUCACAUGUGCCCUGUUAGAGUCCACUGGCACGUUAAAACUAACUACAAAGACUAUUGGCGUGUGAAGAUAGCAAUCACAAAUUUCAAUUACCGGAUGAAUCAUACGCUCUGGACUUUAGCAAUUCAGCACCCAAAUCUCAACAAUGUGACUCAAGUUUUCAGCUUUGACUACAAACCAGUCUCUCCUUAUGGAUCCAUAAAUGAUACUGGAAUGUUCUAUGGAACGAAGUUUUACAAUGAUCUAUUAAUGGAAGCUGGACCUUCAGGGAAUGUACAAUCAGAGGUUUUGCUACAGAAAGAUCAAAAGACUUUCACUUUGAAGCAAGGUUGGGCUUUUCCAAGAAAAGUUUACUUUAAUGGUGAUGAAUGUAUGUUACCUCCACCAGAUUCAUACCCUUUUCUACCAAACUCUGCACAAGGAAACUUUGCUUCUAUGUCACUCAACAUUCUUCUUCUUCUUUUAUUCAUCUCAAUCUGGUGAUUUGAUCUGAUCCUUCCGGGUUUUAAACACUGAACCAGAACUGUUUUUUGUAAACUCAUUGCAAAGAUUGUAAAAUUAAAAAGAGGGUUCUUUUGUGAGAGGUAAUGAUUAGAGAUGUGUAAGGGUUUUACCUUGCCAUUGAUUCAAUGGUUCUGUACUUCUUGAUCGAUUCAAGCUUUUUGCUUUGAAGCA